CAGUCCUCACCCACCCCCCCUCCCUGUGUCUCUCCAUAUAAAUGUGCAUUCACAAAGCUCUUAAAUUCCCAUUAUGAACAAAGACAUGUUGAGAACCAAGAAGACCAAGUCCGGCGUCACCGGAGCUUUGUCGCCGGCGAAGAGCGGCGGCCGUGGUGGUGAUGAGGUGGCUGUGUGGGAGGUGAGGCCAGGAGGGAUGUUAGUGCAGAAAAGGAGUUCAGAUUGUAAUCAAAGCAGUGUUACAAUUCCCACAAUCAAAGUCAAAGUCAAGUAUGGUUCAUCUUAUCAUGAAGCCAAAAUCAGUUCUCAAGCAAGUUUUGGGGAGUUGAAGAAAGUGUUGGCAGGGGCAACAGGGCUGCACCCAGAAGAACAGAAGCUGAUGUACAAGGAGAGAGAGAGAGAUUCAAGAGCAUUUCUGGACGUUGCAGGAGUGAAAGAUGGAUCAAAGCUGGUGCUAAUGGAGGACGAGGUGAGCAGAGAAAGGCGAUAUCUGGAGUCGCAGAAGACGGCGAAAAUGGAGGCUGCAUCAAGGGAAAUCAAAGCAGUCAGGCUGGGAAUAGACAAGCUUGCCAAGCAGGUGGCAGAUGUUGAAAUGGACGUUUAUGGUGGGAAGAAGGUGGCAGAGACAGUUAUAUUGAACAUGAUUGAGCUUUUAAUGAUGGAGCUGAUAAAGCUGGAUGGAAUUGCUGCUGAGGGUGAUGUCAAAUUGCAGAGAAGAAUGCAGGUGAAGAGGGUGCAAAAAUACAUAGAGACUCUUGACAUGCUCAAGGUAAAAAAUUGUACCCUUCAAAGCAACAGUAAAAAUAUAAGAGUGGCAUUCCAGCAGCAACAUAGAAUAAUUACCACAGGCCAGAUUUUGCCACCUGCUGCACCAAUGUACAACCAACAAAAGCACAAGAAUAUAGGUGGUGGUGGUGGUGGGAGAUUUCCUGCAGGGCCUGUUGUGGUAACAACACAAUGGGAAACCUUCUGACCUCAAAGCACCAUAAAUUUACCGCUCAGAAUUGGUGAGUAAAAAGUUAAAAGCUAUAAGGCCGGCCAGGAUUUUCCCGCAAUGAUGUAUGAUAUUGUAAAAUUUUUCAUAUACAGAUAUUUCUAAUGAUUGGAAUUUGAACCCAUUCCUUAGAAGUAUAGGGUCAUAUAUACCCCGGGUUCAUGUUGUAAACGGUGUAAAAUAUGUCGUAAAAAUAGAUAAGUGUAUUCGAUUGUCAGGUACAAUCGAGGCGGUAAAUUUUUUUUAUACACAUUAAUACAUGUGGUUAUGUGAAUAAAAGUUUUAUCAAAUCGCCAAGACCUUGAGGUCUACUGGUA